AUGUGGGGUGAACUUCUUGAUAAGUAUGAUCUUAGAGGUAAUAAUUGGCUCAACUCGUUAUAUGAGAAAAGGAGUUAUUGGGUCCCCGUUUACUUGAAGGAUGUAUUUUGGGCGGGUAUGAGCACGACACAACGAUCAGAAAGCAUGAAUGCUUUCUUCGAUGGGUAUGUCCAUUCUGGUACCACUUUGAAGGAAUUCGUGGACCAAUUUGAUAAUGCUUUAAGAAAGAAGGUGGAGGUAGAGACGACGGCUGAUUUCAACUCUAGUAACCAAAUGAUCCCCUGCGUUUUCCCUUUCAAUUUUGAGAAGCAAUUUCAGAAAGUAUACACAAAUACAAAGUUUAAAGAGUUCCAAAAAGAGUUGAUGGGCCUAAUGUGUUGUAACUGCACACUGGUAACCAAGCAGGGGUGCAUUUCAACCUUCGAUAUAUUGGAUGAAAUAUCUAUUCAUGACUGCAACAAAAUUGUCCACUACACACUCUACUAUAACGAAGAGGAAUGUGAGUUAAAAUGCACGUGUGCAUUGUUUGAGAUGAGGGGAAUUUUGUGUCGACAUGCACUUAAAGUUUUGCAUCUGUCCCGAAUUAAUGUGGUACCAGAUAGAUAUGUGUUGGAUCGCUGGAGGAAGGACCAGAAGAGGACAUACACAUUGAUCAAAAGUAGUUAUGAUGAUGUGCGUGCCAGUGGAGAUUCACGGAGAUAUGAGAUGGUGGUUAAAAGAUGCAUGAAAUUAGCAACAAAAAUUUUCCCGAGUGAUGAGCGAGUCAAUGCAUUCUUGAAGGUUGUGGAUGACUUUGAUUCAAAAUGUGAUGAUGUAACCUUUGGGACGACAUCCGAAUCAACGAAGGUAGGACCGAAUGUGGACACCGCAGACAAGGGUAAGAAGAUAUUAAGCCCCAAUGUGGUCCGAGGGAAAGGAAGACCCCCAAGUAAAAGAAAGGUUCCCCCUGUGGAGAAGAUUACAAGAAAGAGAAAGGCCUGCAGGAAAAUAUUACAUGAUCAAACACAAUUGGGUGACACCGCGGCAUCUGAAUUCGUGGACCAAUCUAAUGAUGGAGUUGGUGUUGGUGUUGGGACACAAACCAGCUCAGUCACACAAUUAAAUAUAUCAGGAAAUCAGGAGAUGGGGAAGGUUAACUACAUGGUUUUGCACUUCACAGGGAGCUUGGGAUGCUACUUAGUGCCCUCUGUCCUUGUGGAGAUUUAUUACAUGCGUAUUCACCUAAACCUUUCCAGCUUGAAGAUUGAUAUCUGUUGCAACUGUUUGUGGGUGGUUUUAAUAUGCCCUCAGGAAAAAGAUGCAAAAGAGUUUUUUCUAGUACCUUGCUUUGGAGUUGUCACCAUGAGUGCUCAAUUAGUAGCUGAUAUUUUCAUAGGUAUGACUUUUGCAUGGGAGGAAGAGAAGCAGCUGAGUAAGCUGGAAGAUUUCAAUGUAUUGGUUUCAGAGGUGGUUUUUUAUGUCAUUGACAAUCUAGCAGUUUUAGAAAUAUUUUCUUUCAGUUCGCAUUUCUAUUGUUCAGCUGCUGAAAGAUUAGACAAAAACAGAUUCUACAUGUACAUUACUAAUAGUGAUGAAUCGGUUGGCUGA